GUUACGGUUAGCCGGCGCCGAGGAGUAUCGGGGGUGAGCAAUCGUGGUGCAGUCGUGCUUAUACUAGCUGAGGUUCGGAUGUAAGUUUCAUCGGAUUCGGAUGUAAAAUUGAGUUGUUGAGCUCAACUGCUCAAGUUUCAAUAGUCAUUGCGCGCAUAUGAGGAUUUUGGUUCAGCGGUUAAGCUCCGCAAUACCUGAUUUUAGACGAAAAAAGUUUGAGCUAUAUAAAGCUCACAGGAACCAGCAUCAGUUCUAUGGAUAAUACAAGCCUACGAGUUUCUGCAGUAAGGUAUUCCGUUAAUGGUAAUUUGGCCGAUUCUCAGAAGAAGAUACAGGCGCAACCAUCACCAUUUACCAACGCUGAUCGUAAAUGCCAAUCUACGGUUCAUUGCAGUGUAUCCAAGAUUCGAAGCCCUACACAGAUUUAAGGAUACGCUUCCUCGUCCUUUGACUGUAAUUAUCUACUCAGCUCUACAAUUAAGAAGCUGUGUACGAGUCCUCGUUUCUUGUUUUUCUCCAUGAUUUCAGAUUGGUUCAGGAGAGAGAACACCCAGUUCCCGAGGGACUAAAAUCAAGGAUGCAUCGGAUGAUAAAAAUACAGAGGGGUACUUUGGAUAUAUUGAGCUUUUUUCCCUUAUUUACCUCAUCCGCGGAUCUUAGUGGAGAGGAAGAAUCAUGUCUGUCUUAAAAAACUUGCAUAAAGGGGGAAGAACAUAUUCCAGUUCUGAGAAGUAGCAAUUUCCAGCAGAUUAAAAUCCAUAAAGGGCGAAGAACAAACUGGCAUAUCGUUUUUGCAACAGCUGUCAAACUGCUCUAUGGAUAUGCUGGGAAGAUACAUAAUCACAUGAUUUGAGGGGGUUUUGUCAUGUUGAUACUUUGGUUGGAAGAUCUUUAUUGGCCAUCAUGACUUGGAUGAUUAGUUGUAUAUUGGUGCAUCAUUUUCUUACUAUGGUAUGAAUCUGGGCUAAACGGCACAUCUUGGGCAAAAUUGGAUAUCCUGGUUGAGUCUCUGUGAUGGCAUCUAUUCGAAGAACAUUGUCUCCUGUUCCUCGAUCAGGAGGUUUAUCGAAUGGUGAAGCAUGUCAGGUUGCAUCUCCUUUAUCCAAGUCAUCUUCAAACAGUCAGAACUACCCAUCCCAUGGUUGCAUCUUGCCUUCUUCAUUGGGUGCCUUGGACUAUGCAUUAUACAAAGCCCAGAGUUUUAUCCUUGGUCUAUUCUCACAUCGAUCUUCUCGAUCCUUUGAUAGACCAAAGUUAAAGGGGCAAAUUUGGCGGAGGGCAUUUCUGCAUUUCAUAAUGUGCUUUAUUAUUGGUGUUCUAGUUGGACUUACCCCAUUCAUUCCCAUGAAUCUGGCCACUAAUCUAAUACCUAAACACCAAACCUUUAGCUUUGAGUGGCUUCAAAAUGCAAAUGACGAGCGGCUCAGCGAGCAGGAAAAUGAGAUGUCGGUAAUAAGUAGAUUAUCUUUGAAUGAAUCUUCUGUGUUGGUUUCAGGCUCAUGGAGCGUUGACCUAAAGGAUGCAAUUGCUAAUGAUUCUGAGGCUAUGGCAUCUGAUCUGGUGUACAAUAAGCUUCUAAUCAUUGUGACCCCGACCCAUGCUCAGCCACUUCAGGCCUAUUAUCUGCAUCGCUUGGCUUACACAUUAAAGCUCGUACCCCAUCCUCUGUUGUGGAUAGUGGUGGAGAUGAAUUCUCAAUCUGCAGAAACGGCUGAAAUAUUGAGGAAUACUGGUGUUGUGUACAGACAUUUGGUUUGCAGUAUUAAGAACUCUACGGAGGUAACAGACAAGAACGUGCUCCUGAGGAAUGUUGCCCUCUCUCACAUUGAGACACACCAGCUUGAUGGCAUUGUUUACUUUGCAGAUGAUGAUAAGAUAUACACUACUGAUCUUUUUGAUCACAUGAGAAAUAUCAGUCGGAUUGGGACAUGGACAGUGGCCAAGCUUCUGGGGAGCGAAGGCAAGCUUUUAUUCGAGGGUCCAAUCUGCAACGGCUCUCAAGUGGUCGGGUGGCAUGUGCCAGACAUUUCAAAAAGGUUCCGCAGAUUCCAUGCUGAGAUGUCUGGUUUUGCGUUUAAUAGCACCAUUAUUUGGGAUCCAAAGCGAUGGCACCGGCCAACAAUCGAACCUAUUAGGCAGGUUCACACUGUCAAACAAGAUCUGCAGGCGAGCAUGUUCGUGCAGCUCCUCGUGGAGGACGAAAGCCAGAUGGAAUGCUUCUCAGCAAUGUCUCCGGGAAUAAUGGUUUGGCACCACACAACAGAUGAACAUCACUGGUUUACCAGUGAUAGGUUCGCCACUGUAGUUCCACUCAGUGAAAUUAGAUAGAUGAUUCUCCACAAUCAGCUCUCUAUGUGUUAUUAGAAAACAAAGGCAGACAAGGCACACUCGUCCUUGUUCUGUGACUUGCUUCAGUUGAAUGCUUUUGCUCUACAGUGUUGGUGGACAUCCAUGUAAAUCAUCUAUUCUCUUCCUUUUAUUUCUACUUCUUUUUUUAUUUA